CACACGUUCGGAACUUACCCUGGAGAACGCGUCGGAUCUCCGGGUCAGGUAGCACACGCGCUGGGAAGGAGUUGGCGAUUCGCCGGGCCCUGGUCCCGAAGACGAGGUCCGGUGACCCCUGGCCCCUUCCUGCCUCCCCUCCGCCUGCCUUUCCCCUCUAUCUUCUGCCAGGAUGAGUCGCGCAGGCCUGGGGGAAGGUGUACCUUCUGGCAACUAUGGGAACUAUGGCCAUGCUAAUAGCGGAUAUAGUGCCCGUGAAGAAGAAAAUAAACACACUGAAAGGAUGAGACGCCAAGUAAAGGUUAUAAGAGAUCUUACCAUUGAGAUAGGCGAGGAAGUUAAAACUCAAAAUAAAUUAUUAGCUGAAAUGGAUUCACAAUUUGAUUCUACAACUGGAUUUCUAGGUAGAACUAUGGAAAAACUGAAGAUUUUAUCCAGAGGGAGCCAAACAAAGCUGAUGUGCUAUAUGGUGCUCUUUUCAUUGUUUGUCUUUUUUGUCAUUUAUUGGAUUAUUAAACUGAGGUGAUGCAA